AUGCUGCAUUUGCUCUCUUCCUCCUGCCCCUCCAUCAAGUUCAAGUCCUUCAAAAAUGACAGUGCAGUUACCGAUGGAUAUAUCAUCCUCUCCCACGUCUGGCAAGACAUCGAGCAGCCGCACGAGGCCAUCCUCCACUUGGAACGCGAGGCCGCCGCGGCCGAUGACCCCCGUUUGUCCAUCAAAGCACGGGAGUGCUACCGUCUCGCGCGUGCCUACGGCUACGGCUGGUUCUGGGUCGACGCCCCCUGCAUCGACAACAGGAACAGCACAGAACUCUCGGAAGCCAUCCCCAUCCGUUCCAUGUACAGCUGGUACGCGAGCGCGUCAAUCUGCUUCGCACAUCUCCCCGACGUUCCCUCCCACGAUCACAUCCAUCAUCCCGACUCGGCCUUCCGGAGGAGCGUCUACUUCAGACGAGGAUGGACACUUCAAGAGCUCAUCGCUCCUCGCCGUGUCAUUUUCCUUUCCUCCGACUGGAUUGUCCUAGGGGAAAAGGAUCAGCUCGCGGACUUGCUCGAGGAGAUCACCGGGAUCGACCAGGACGUCCUCACGUUCCGCCGGCGCGUCGCAGACGUCAGCGUCGCCCGCCGUCUCUCCUGGGCCUCGCAGCGGGAGACGCGUUAUGUGGAGGAUCAGGCGUAUUGCCUCAUGGGCCUCUUCGGAAUUCACAUGAACAUCAAGUAUGGCGAGGGCGACAACGCGUUCCUACGCCUACAGCAGAAAAUCCUAAAGAAAAUCUGCGACCACACCCUGUUCGCGUGGGGAGCGGUGACGGACAUGUCCCUGACUCACGGUCUAGCAGACGUCGCUGGGGGAUGCCUUCCAUACUCCACGACUCCGCUAUUUGCACCGUCUCCCGUGGCCUUCUCGAAGUCUCGCUCGAUGCACCCGGUCGAUAUCGAGACGUUCAUGGCGUCUACGGAAGCGCUCACGGAUGAUACUGCUGGCUAUACGAAGCAACUGCCACAAUUUUCGCUGGAUCACUACGGCCUGAAAUGCCGCCUCCCUAUCGUGUUUCGGGAGUCCAUCCCCGUCGCUGCGCUCCUUGCCUGCCAAGAUCAAGACCAUUCGUACAUCGCACUUGCAUUACACCCGCGGGGUCCUCGAAAUGCAGUAUACGGUGUUCAGAGCCUCGGGUCUGCGGAGCGACUGUCGGCACACCCGUCGGGCUCGGGACACGCCUCUAGCGCUUCGCGGCUGGUCCGCAUCCCGACCACAUACAUCAGACUAGGUGCUGUCCCUAUCGGUUUAUCGUCAUCUGCUACUGCAGGAUUGACCGUUCGAUUCAUGACCAUCCACAUCGCCAUGCGUUGCGACUCCCUUUCUCUGCUUACGUCCGUCGCUCCUGCCCCGCCAUGCCACCUGCUCGAUUUUACUCGUUUACCCAGGCCCUUGUGUCUCGCGAUGUCCGAUACUGACUUUACGGAACGGACCGAAAAUUGAUGUCCCAUCGUUCAGUCUUCUCUCUUGGCGAUUUCCUCCCCCUACCCUACCGCUGUCAAUGCUGCC